CUCCCUCCACGAGCAUUUCUUACGCGGAGUGAUUCUCAACCCACAGGCUUGUGAGUGAGACGAGCGACGGUCGAGACGUGGGGUCUGAGUGCACCCAGAAUGAUCAGAGGAAUCCAGGGCUUGCUGUUCUGUCUUAAAGUUUUGGGGCUUGUUAUUCAUCUUCCACAGCUCGCGACAGGUCUCGGUGUGAACGACUUCCUGUAUUUCAGAGUUCUCAGCCCCGAGGACAUCGACUACAUCUUCACUGCGGCUCCCGCUCAAGAUUUCGGGGGGGUCUUUACCCAGCUGUAUGAGGAGAUCUACCUGGUGCUGGCAGAGCCUCCCGAUGGCUGUGCUGAGCUGAGGAACGCAGCGUUCCUGGAGGGACAGGUCACAUUGCUGGAGAGAGGAGGGUGCUCUUUCCUCUCCAAGGCUCGCCGGGUGGAGGAAGCGGGUGGCAAGGCGGUCCUCAUCGCUGACAAUGCAUAUGAUAACGACAGCCUCUACGUGGAGAUGGUGCAGGACGGCACUGCAGUCUCCACCAGCAUCCCAGCGCUGUUCCUGCUUGGAAGAGACGGGUUAAUGAUUCGGAGGUCGCUGGAGAAGCAUGCCCUGCCGUGGGCUGUCAUCUCUAUCCCUGUCAAUGUGUCCAGCAUUGCCUCCUUCCAGCUCAUGCAGCCCCCCUGGACCCUCUGGUAGGGAAGACACUGCUCGGACAGGGAGGGAGGGAGGGGCCCCUGCUCUCUCGUUACCCUCUGCCCACAUGGAAGACAAAUAUAUUGCAGUAUAUUUCAAAGCACUAGAAAUGUAUUUCAGAUAUGUUGCAAUACAUUUCCAUUCCAUAAUCUAAGUUAUAUUGUGCAAUGUUGCAAUGUAUUGUAUUGGCCAUUUAUAUGAGUAUUUCAAAUGUUUCUAAAUAUGCUUUGAAGUAUAUUUAAAAAUGUAUUUAAAAAUCUGCUAUUGGGAUAUGUUUUGAUUUAUUUCCCUUUCAUGUGGGUGGAGCCCGGAGUGGAGGUCUGCCCUGUGAGCGAGUGUUUUAUACACCUGAUUGAAAUGCAUUGACACUCAGUCCUGCUCCAGAGACGUGGGCUCUGUGUGUAUGCUUAGGGUUUGUGCACCUCAAACAUCUCCCUUUGAAAACAACGGAAACGCCCCUUCUUUGAUUGUUUUGUUUUGUUUCUUUGUCAAAUAUUGUAAGGCUGUUGUUCAGUCAAAUCAAUCUUGCACAGAACAUGUAUUUACACUCUGGGUUUUUGAUUCUAUGCAGUUACUGUUCAUCAGUAAAUUAAAACACUCAAUGAUGAAUUCUGUGGAAAGUCCAGUAUUUCGAGAGUGGAAGAUAAUCUAUUCAGGGCUGCCACAGAGUCGGGUGGGGGCCCAAUGAUCAGCAACACAAUCCAGCACAGGAGUGGAUACAGUGCAUACAGCAUCCACAUGAUCACUUAUUUAUCUGGACCUGGUACCAAUGAAAAGUCAGAUUGUCGUUCCCAGCCCAAGAGCAAGAACAGCGGCCCACCUGACGCCGACAGGAGGCUCUUGUAUUGGAACCAGGACCCCGGGAGCAUUGUGAUUGGCUCAUUACAUAUUCUGAUAGCGAUGGGAUAUUUCAAGCAGGUGAUGUCUUCCAAAUGAUGCCAAUACGUGCAUGUAUAAUUACUGUUUGUUUUAUUGUUAUGAAUAGAUCUGGCAGGCAGGGGCACAGUAAAUCUCUGUUUGUUAAAUUGGGUAACUGGUUGCCAGUUCAACCUGGCCACAUGUAUAUAAGGAUAAAAAUCUGGCUGUAGCUGUUCACUCAGAGGGACUCUGGGGAGGGAGGGUGGAGUCUCUUGUGUCCUCAAGCAGCUCUCCAAUCACCAGCUGUGUCUGUUAAAGGGCGAGGCAGAUCCCUUUGGGUUCGUUUGAGUUGUAGAAGACGUGUGCAGAACAGCAUAGAACCUCAGCAUGAUCUUGGAUGUUUUUAUUAAACAAAUAAGAAAAUGCUAAUCAAAUCAGUGGGAUAUCUGCAAUGCAAACGCUACUAACUCCCAAGCCAUCACAGUCCCCUUAUAUACUUUCAAUCUCCGCCGCCCCAGUCACUGGUACGCCUAUCACUAGUUGGCAGAUGUAUCUCUUUAAUCUCUGUACUGGAGAAGGGAAGGUUGAAAGUGUCUGUGUGGCUGACCUUACCAAGCUGGCCACCGUAAACCAGCCAUAGACCCUGGUCUGUUCCAUCCUGGCAAGGGAAGGAAGGUAAUGGCUUUAGCACCUCUGUGUGUCGGGAGGUCGAACUUCACCACUGCAUGUCCAUCACCCUGUCACACAGUCGAACUUCACCACUGCAUGUCCCUCACCCUGUCACACAGUCGAACUUCACCACUGCAUGUCCCUCACCCUGGCACACAGUCGAACUUCACCACUGCAUGUCCCUCACCCUGGCACACAGUCGAACUUCACCACUGCAUGUCCCUCACCCUGUCACACAGUCGAACUUCACCACUGCAUGUCCCUCACCCCGUCACACAGUCGAACUUCACCACUGCAUGUCCCUCACCCUGUCACACCUUUCUUUGUUUUGUGAAUCCCAUUUACUGAACAGGAGUUGGAUUGUUAGUGUUACUUUUAGAAAUGCUAAAAGAAACUUAACAAAUUCCGCAGCACAUGUUUUUACAGUGAAAAAGACUUUAGAAACAUGUGUUAUUGAAUAUGUUAAGUUUCAAGCAGUGAUUACAUAUAGGCAGCGCUCCAGAUAAGGUUUUGGAUCAUUGAGUAUUUUACUCUCCAGUUUAGACACUAUGUGAGUAAAAUGUAUUUUGGGUGAGUAAAAUGCAACAUUACCUUGAAGUCAUGAGUGCUUUCAAUAAUACUUUACAUACUUUAAUGAUAACUGUAAUGUUACUUUCAAUGAUUGUACAACAAUUGGUAUUACAAUAAAAAUCUAUAUAUAUA